AUGCCGCGAAGCAGGCAAAACAAAAAAAGAGCUCCAUUAGACACCGAUAAAAUUGAGAAUGCAAUCAGGUUAUUGAAGGAGAAGAAGUUAACAUUUCAUGGUGCUUCCAAACAUUUUCAAAUUCCGAGAACAUGUUUAAGACGCUAUCACAGCUAUGCCCUGAAAGAAGGUAUAUCGGUAGCGGAAAUACGCAAAAAUCUAGCAGUUAAAAGAGUAUUUGCUGACGAACAAGAACUAAUGCUAGCUAAUUAUAUUAAAGACGCAGCCCCGCUUCAGUUUUGUUUGACUUUAAAAGAAGUAAAGAAACUGGCAUAUCAGUUCGCAAAGGUCAAUCAAAUUAAAUACUCUUCUAGAUGGGAUUCUGAAAAAAUGGCAGGAGAAUAUUUGUUGCGUUUAUUCGGGAAACGUUUUAAAGAUGACAUCUCAUUUCGAAAACCAGAAGCUAUGAGUUUAGCAAAAAUAAAUUAA